AGCGUAACAUAUGGUACUACGUACAGUACAUGUUACAUCCUGUUUUGCGGGCACCAAUUAUUUAAAGUUUUAUCAGCUAUUAAUUAUUUAUAGAACUGAUUAGAAAAAUCCAAAUAACAAGUUAAACUGUUUACAGAAAGCAACUCUCCUCGAUUAAAGUACAUAGGUAGUAUUCCGCAGCUCAAAUGUGGGUGUAUUUCUUAUUCUCUUGCUUAACAUUGACUGCGGCAGUCCUCAUUCGACUAAAAGUUAUCAAAGUGAGAACGAGAUGGGAUCGAAGUCCAACUUGUUUAGUUGGGAAAACUGCAAUUGUAACGGGAGCCAACUGCGGACUUGGAUUUUACACCGCUCAAGAUUUAGCUAAACGAGGUGCGAGAGUUAUACUAGCAUGUAGAAGUAGGGAGAGAGCGGAGGCGGCGCGACGACAAAUUGUGCGCGCUACCCACAACCAAAACGUCCAUGUGAGAAUAGUUGAUUUUGCUUCGCUUAAAUCCGUUAGAGAGUUUGCCAAGGAAAUAAAUAGUUCGGAGGAGAGAUUAGACAUUUUGGUAAAUAAUGCUGGAGCACUUAUUUUCGAAGAUGAUGUUACGGAAGACGGUUUGAGUAAAUUCAUGCAAGUGAAUCACUUUGGACCAUUUUUACUCACAGAGCUGCUGAUAGAUUUACUGAAGAAAUCCAAGCCCAGCAGAAUUGUGUACGUAUCAUCGUCAUCUGUCACUCACGGUCAAAUUCAUCUUGACAAUUUGAAUUAUUCUGCAAAUUCUCGAAUCGCAAGACUUACGUUCUCUAACUAUGCGAACUCCAAACUUUGCCAUCUAGCUACUACUAAUGAAUUGGCAAAACGUCUACGAGGUAGUGGAAUUACCGUCAAUUCUUUGGAUCCAGGUACUGUCCGAACGGAAGUUACUCGUAAUCUCAACAUAAUGACUCAAGGGCUGUUUCGAAUUUUGGCAUCCUUUUUUAAAAUCAGCGAGGAAGGGGCACAGACCUCAAUCUAUCUUGCUGUCUCUGAUGACGUCCAGGAUGUUACAGGAAAGUACUUCUAUAACUGUGCACUUUCUGAAAUGCCAAGUACUGCUAUAGACUCUACUCUCAACAGGAAAGUAUGGGAGAAAAGUGCAGAAUUGGUUCAUUUAACCCAUACGGAGAGCACUCUUUAAUCGUUAUUUGUAUAUUAUGAAGUGUAAAAUAUAUAAUAUUGAUGUUUUUAAUGUUAAA